AUGGAUGUUGUCACGGCUACUCAACAGUACAUAUCGGAAAUGAUCCGGCUGGCUGGUCCUGGCAUGAAAGUGAUGAUGAUGGAUAAAUGCACGACCAGUGCUGUAUCAUGCGUUUAUGCACAAAGCGAUAUGAUGCAGAAAGAAGUGUAUUUGUUUGAACGCAUCGAUUCUAUUGCUUUGAGAGAGCCAAUAAAGUACCUCAAAUGUAUAACAUUUUUACGACCUACCACAGAAAACAUUCACCUAUUAGCUGAUGAGUUGCGAUUUCCGAAAUAUGGCCAAUAUUAUAUAUAUUUUUGUAACAUCAUUAGCAAAACUGACGUCAAAGCACUGGCGGAGGCGGAUGACCAAGAAACGGUCCGUGAAAUGCAUGAAUUCUUCAUGGAUGGCGUUCCUUUGUGUCCGCAUCUUCUGUCAUUAAAUAUUCUUCAUAGCUAUGACUCAUCUUUCUCUGUUUUGACACCAGUUUUUACGCGAGCUCUAAAUUCAAUCAUUGCCACACUACUGGCAUUAAAAAAGAAACCCGAAAUACGAUAUCAAAAGUCAAACAAAGAUAGCAAAUUGUUGGCUGAAGAAGUUGCCAAGGCAAUCGCUCGCGAAGAAAGCUUAUUUGAAAAUGCCAAAGCCGACACAGUUUUAUUAAUAAUCGAUCGAAGUGAAGAUCCAGUAACUCCUCUGCUGAACCAGUGGACCUAUGAAGCUAUGGUCCAUGAACUUGUGGGUAUCAACAACCAUCGCGUUAAUAUAAAUACGGCUUCGAAUACCGGUGCUUUAAUACUUUCACCUCUUCAUGAUCCGUUUUACUCGAAGAACAUGUAUGCAAAUUUUGGUGAGAUUGGGCAGAAUAUCAAAGAGUUGAUAACAGAAUUUCAACGAAAAUCACAAACCAAUCAAAAACUUGAGUCAGUUGCUGAUAUGAAAAGCUUUGUUGAACAGUAUCCGCAAUUCAAAAAGAUUUCCGGUACCGUUACCAAACAUUUAACAGUACUUGGUGAGUUGUCAAAACUAGUAGCUACUCGGAAUUUGCUUGAAAUUUCUGAGGUAGAACAACAAAUCGCAAGUGGUGGUGAGCAUUCACAUUGCCUGGUUAAUGUUCGACGCCUUUUGCAGCAUGAACAAACAACGGAUCUCGAUGCAACAAGACUAGUGAUGUUGUACGCUCUGCGAUUCGAGAAUCAUGCGAAUAGCGACAUUCACGGCUUAGUGCAAUUGUUAAGACGGAAAGGUGUGAGCAGUCAAAAUAUUAAGGUAAUAAGAGCUGUUCUGGAUUUCGGCGGUUCAGCUCGCCGGCAAAAUGAUCUUUUUGGUGGCACAGCAAUAGCAAUGACUAAACGUUUCAUCAAAGGUUUAAAAGGAGUUGAAAAUGUUUAUACACGGCAUGAACCGUAUAUUACUGAAUUAAUCGAUUCACUAUCCAGGAGUCGUCUCUCUGAUACAGCUUACCCCUAUGUACUACCACCACUAUCGAAUCGUAUCGAUAAUAUAAUUCUGUUUCUCAUCGGUGGUGCUACUUAUGAAGAAUCACGGGCGGUGUACAUGGGAAAUCAACGUGGAAAAACUUCGUCUGGUCCAUCGAAUGCCAUUCUUCUUUCUACUGCAAUGCUUAAUUCCACUAGUUUUAUUGAAGAACUUCUGGUGGCUGCAACAAUCGGGUGA